AUGUCUAGGGUUGCAGUCAAACGAGCAGUUGCUGCUGAUAAAACAUGGGACAAUACUGGAUUACUUGUCGAUUCUACAUCGGAAGAGAUUCAAGAUGAUAGUAUUAAGUUACUUUUGACUAUUGAUUUAACUCAAUCAGUGGCUGAAGAAGCCAUUAAACAAAAAGCAAAUAUCAUUAUGGCUUACCACCCAUUCAUAUUCAGAGGGUUAAAAUCUAUAACCAAUGCUGAUCCACAACAAAGAUCAUUGUUAAAGUUGAUUCAAAACAAUAUAAGUGUUUAUUCUCCACAUACAGCAGUUGAUAGUGCCAAAGGUGGUGUCAAUGACUUUUUAGCAGAUGGAAUAACUGCUGGCUUUAAAGAAGAAUCUAGAGAUGCUAUCAUAAAAGAUUCUACUAUUGAAGAUUGUGGAAUGGGCAGAAUAAUUAAAUUGUCACAGCCAGUUGCUUUAUCUAAACUUGUGGACAAUGCCAAAUCAUCUCUUGGAUUGAAGUAUGUUCAAGUGGCUCAAGCUAGAGAAACUAAAGAUCCUGAAAUCAGUUCCAUUGCAUUAUGUGCUGGUUCUGGUGGUGAUGUCUUCAAAGGAGCUAAAGCAGACUUGUAUUAUACUGGAGAAAUUUCACAUCAUGAAGCAUUAUUCUUAACUGAAAGUGGAAGCUCAGUCAUUGCUUGUAAUCAUUCUAAUACUGAAAGAGCCUUCUUAAAGGUUAUGAGAGAGCAAUUAUUAACUGAAAUUCCUCAAGCUGAUAUCUUUAUAAGUGAAAAGGAUAAAGAUCCAUUUCAAAUCUGGUAA